UGUUCUGCCGCUCCAGACUGAGGCUCGGGGUGCCUCCAGCGCUUCAGACGAGUCUUUACAACACACCAACACUCAGAGACAUUUCUGCUGUCAGGACUGCUGCACCUGCUCUGCUGCUCAGCUGAGACGCGACUGUAGCGGAGGAGACACUUCAAGGAGACGCUCUUCCUUCUUUUUCGGGAAAAUGAAACUUGAAGUUUUCUCUGCGCACCACUUCGCACAGAAGCCGCUGGAGCUGUGCAUGGAUGCAGAGGGAGGAGUCCCGUCUCCUCUGUCCGGGGACGAGCUGGGGUCGGACGGGGACUGCGUGGCCAACAGCCCGGCACCUGUCACCCAGAGCGGCGACGGCAGCAAGGGGAAGCCGUACACCCGCAGACCCAAACCCCCUUACUCCUACAUCGCCCUCAUUGCCAUGGCCAUCCGGGAGUCCAGCAGCGGCCGCCUCACUCUGGCAGAGAUCAACGACUACCUGAUGAAGAAGUUCCCGUUUUUCCGCGGCAGCUACACCGGCUGGAGGAACUCUGUGCGCCACAACCUGUCACUCAACGACUGCUUCCUCAAAGUGCUGCGGGACCCGUCCAGGCCCUGGGGCAAGGACAACUACUGGAUGCUCAACCCGCAGAGCGAGUACACCUUCGCUGACGGGGUGUUCCGGCGCAGGAGGAAGCGCAUUGCCAAGAGGUCCCCCAAAGAGCAGGAGAGCCCGGACAUCCUCAGCGAGGACACCCGCCUCCCCGCCCCGGAGGAGAGGGUGGGGGCAAAGUUCUCCAGCUCCUUCGCCAUCGACAGCAUCCUCAGCACACCCUUCAAACGGAAGGAGGACAGCCACGCUGAUGCAGACACCCACGCCCCCCGGCUCUACUGGCCCCCAGGGGCCCACAUACUGCCUUACACUCUGAGCUAUCCGCCACAGCACACGUACCUGUCAGAGGGGGCGUACAGCGGCACGGAGCCCAGCAGGGAUGCACUCAGAUACCUCCAGCAGACGGCACCGGCCAUGGCCGCACCUGAGGCCGCGCUCCACGCGCUCAGGAUGCCCAGCAAGGCGCGAGGCUUCCAUAUAGACUCUUUGCUCUCAUAAAGCACGCGGACUGCUGUCAGACUUGUAUGUUUUGUCCCAUGAUGUGCACUUUUGUGGGCGCUCUUAGCUUUCAGUGCUUUAGCUGUUAAACUGUUUGGGACUCUGUCUGUCUCACCAUGACUACUGUAAGUCAUUUUGCAGUGAAAAAAAAAACAAACAAACAUGGCGUGUUGUUCAUAUAGAUCUAACUGAGUGGUGACAAAUAGUUGCUGUCAUCACCGGACAUUCCAUUGUGUGUGUGUGUGUGUGUGUGUGUGUGUGUGUGUGUGUGUGUGUGUGUGUGUGUGUGUGAGUGUGCGCGCGCGCGUAUUCACGCACCCACGGUUCAUUGGUCAUUUCUACUGUAUGACGGCAACUAAGUGCCACGUUGAAACAUAAAACUAUUCAUCUAUUUAUAUUUUCGUGUUUUGUAUGACCUGCUGUAUAAAAUAUUGUUGUAUAUAGAAAAAUAUUGACUGAGCUGCGAUGAGCAGUCACGUGGCCGCACUAGAAACGCAUGGAAAUGCCCGACGUUUUCCUGAGAUUGAUUCAUGCAUGCCUGGUAUUUUUAUGAAUAAAAAAACGUGAGACAAUGGGACCCUGGUGUUCAGCGAGUUAUUCAUGACAGGCAUGAAAGGGCGCUGGUGAGAUCACAAGCAGGUGUACAGAUCAGUGGGGGCGGGAGUGAACGGGCCUUACACCUGUUCGACAAGAGAGAUGGGUCAGAGGAGGCUUUCCUGUGAAGCCAACAAAAGCAGCCAAUUGUUGGUC